GAAACAAUGAAGACAGUUAAGGAUCGGAGCUGGUCAAACACAACAGAGAAUCUACUGACUGAGUCAAUUAAAAAAGAUAAAAAGAACGGAGAAUCUUGUGGAUGCAGCCUUAAAAUUUGGGAAGAUCUCAAGUUCUGGAAGAGGUUUAGAUGGUUUCAAGAAAAGCCUGCAUCACACUUUCGAUUUAUGAAACUUAGAACUUGAAUCUGGGAAUUAUUUGUAUUUUUAAUUAUAUUUUUUAUUUAGACAGUCACUUGCUGCACCUUGGAAACCGCAGCUUUUCCAUGAUUCCUUCAACAAACCUCAAACUCCCACUUUUUUCUUUUCCAAGCAUCAUACAUUUGAUCUUAUUGAUUUUUUCACAAGUGGAUUGAAAAACAGGUACGCUCUUCUUUCGUUUAAACAUAUCUCGUUUUGCUGUAGACGUAGGUUAAGCUAGUUAGUCAGGAUAGUGUGCGAGUCCACUCAGACGCGACUUUACAACAUCGUCUUAUAUUUCUCAUUUUUGUAUAAGACAAUGGGUUGUCCGAAUGGGAUUUUCUUGAUCUGCAUUUUUCUUUGUGUUUCAUCCAUCCCAUCCAUUUUUGUGAACGCUUCUUUUGUUCGUCAAGAUAGUUUUUUCAUUGAUUGUGGGGGAAGCAAUGCAUUGAAGCUUGAGGAUGGCAGGAUUUUUGAGCCUGAUUCUGGAAACCCAAAUUUGAUUUUAUCUUCCCAAAGCCACAUUGCAGUUUCAGAUCUUGAAUCCAAUCCGUCAAACCAUUCAAUAUCUCUCUACAAUUCUGCCCAAGUUUUUAAAGAGACUUCAUUUUAUACCAUUCACACCAAGCAGAUUGGCCGCUAUUGGCUCAGAUUGCAUUUUUAUCCUUUCGAAAACGCGAAAUUCAAUUUGAAAUCUGCAGUGUUUUCGGUUAUGGUCAAUGGGAUUACACUGCUUCAUGGGUUUUCUUUCGCAAAAGGAGGCAAAAUCUCUCAACUUGUGAAGGAAUAUGUGUUUGAAGUGAGUGGAAAGGGUUCUGGAAAAUCGUUGGUGCUGAGAUUGUCACCUUGGAAUAACUCAGUUGCAUUCAUCAAUGGAAUAGAAGUUGUUUCGGUGCCGAAUGGACAGUUUUCUAGCUCCCAACUAAUGUCUGUUCCUUUGGGAAAACCUCCAGUUGAUGUUCCUAAAGAUGCCGCUCUUGAGACAGCAUAUCGGAUAAACAUGGGAGGCCAGCACAUAAGUAGCCCCAUGAAUGACACAAUGUGGAGGACAUGGGAGCCUGAUCAUGCUUUUCUUCUCAACGCUGCAGCGGCACGAACCAUCAGAGCUGAUCCCGGAUCCAUCAACUACCCUGAUGGAGUUUCACUCGACAUUGCACCCAAUUGGGUUUAUGCCACAGCUCAAGAAAUGGCAGAUGCAAAGGUCAGCAAUCAGAAGUUCAACAUAUCAUGGGCAUUCGAAGUCGAAAAGGGCUUCAGUUAUCUGAUCAGAUUGCAUUUUUGCGACAUUGUGAGUGUGGCUCUCAACCGUUUAAUCUUCAAUGUGUAUAUCAACAACCAAUCUGCUUUAGACUCUUUUGAUAUCUCAAGCCGGACAAAGAAAUUAUCAUCAGCUUAUUUCGUAGAUUUUGUGACGAAUGUAUCCAUGCACGAAAAUCGGAUUUUGGUUCAAGUAGGCCCUCCUAUGCUGAGGGAUCUCCCUUCAAAUGCAAUUUUGAAUGGAUUGGAGAUUAUGAAAAUGAGCGAUCACAGAGACAGCCUUGAUGGGAACCUUCCGGCGAAUAACAAUGCAGGUUUGAAAUCUGGGGCAGGCAAGAAAAAGUGGAUGCUGCUGGCAAUUUGUGCUUCUUCAUCAGGAUUUGUAAUUUUGGUGCUCAUAUCAGCUGCUUUCUUUCUGUACUGGCGGCAAAUCCAUCAGAGGAAGCUAAGGCCUCAGUGCUCUGCCUGGUUGUCUUUUCCUAGUCAUGCAGGGAAUUCCGAUUCAAAAGUUUCCGUUGGCAGUUAUGAUUAUUCCACAGCACAUUCACCUGGUUUACGCCGGAUUCUAGCAUUCACGGAGAUUCGCGAAGCAACAAGGAAUUUUGACAAGAGCUUGGUCUUGGGAGUGGGGGGAUUCGGCAUGGUUUACAAGGGAGUGCUAGAAAAUGGGAACGUGGUUGCUGUAAAGCGUGGAAACCCACGUUCCAAACAAGGCCUUACAGAAUUCAGGACAGAAAUCGACAUGCUGUCAAAGCUCAGGCACAGGCAUUUGGUUUCUCUGAUAGGCUACUGCGAAGAGCUCAAUGAAAUGAUCCUUGUUUACGAGUACAUGGCCAAAGGUCCUCUUCGAAAGCACUUGUAUGGUUCGAAUCUUCCUCCGCUUACUUGGAAACAAAGGCUUGAAAUCUGCAUUGGAGCAGCAAAGGGCCUGCAUUACCUUCACAAUGGGGCAGCAGAGAGCAUAAUUCACCGCGACGUUAAGACAACAAACAUACUUCUUGAUGAAACCCUCACUGCGAAAGUGGCUGAUUUUGGAUUGUCAAAGUUAGGCCCUACUUUGGAUCAAACACAUGUGAGCACUGCAGUGAAGGGGAGCUUUGGAUAUCUUGAUCCAGAUUACUAUCGCCGGCAGCAGCUAACGGAGAAGUCAGAUGUGUACUCUUUCGGAGUAGUUUUAUUAGAAGUCUUGUGUGCUAGGCCUCCUAUAAACCCUGCCCUCCCCAGAGAGCAAGUUAACAUAGCAGAAUGGGCAAUGAGUUGGCAAAAGAAGGGAAGAUUAGAGAAAAUUAUAGACCCCCGUCUUCGAGGACAUUUGAAUCUUGAAUCGUUGCGAAAGUUCGGAGAAACAGCUGAGAAGUGUUUGGCUGAAUAUGGAGUUGAUAGGCCAACAAUGGGGGAUGUUAUGUGGAAUUUGGAGUAUGCUCUUCAACUACAAGAGGCUUCUACACAGAGCUUUUCGUCCGAAAACAGUGCGAACUACAUUCCGGAUAUGCCAGAAUGGCUUCAAGAAAUUCGAAAUGGCAAUGGUGGUGGUGGUGAGGGAAUUAGCGAUCAAGAAUCUGAUGCAACUUCAAGUGCAGUAUUUUCAGAGUUAAUGGAUCCAAGGGGGAGAUAGUUAUGGAAAGUGUAGCCUCUCAUUGAUUACAUACAUACUUAAUUAUAGCAACAUAUUAUUUCUCCUUUUUUAAUUUCAUGACUUGUAUUAUGGUUUCAAGAUCAAAGAACAAAGGAAAUAUG